AUGUCUUCGUCGAUUCGUAGCUCCUCGAUAUUCUUGUUCUUUUUCGUUUGCGCGAGCGUUUCAAAGCCUUGGAAUCUCGAAGAAGCUGCAGAGAAAUUAGGCGAAGUCUCCGAUACGAAAUCGUUAAGAAUCUCACGCGAUUCGGAGGACGUUUUGCCAAUUUGGCUGGACUAUGAAUUCAACACAGGCGCAGGAAACAGAGAAGAGCUCGUUGUGACCAACAUUUCUGUCCACGAAUACGCGAAUCUCCCAGAAACGGGCACGAAUUGGCAAUUCUUGGAGGUAAACGGCACCGGUUACUUGACCAGAACCGAAAAAUCAAGACUUUCGUUCCACAAACUCGAUUCGAACAACGUCCCGAGCGACGACCCCGUCAUCUUGGAUGUACAAGGUGCCAUUUUGACGUUCAAAGUGAUCAGCCUGAACAGCUUUCGAUCGACAGGCAAUCCAGAAAUUAACGUGGUGGCCGUUUUGUGCGUGGAAUCGAAAAAUGGAACCCUGUUGCAAUGGUACAGGCUUCUCGAUGGAAAAUCAUUCCAAUUCUUUUGGUCGAGUCCGGUGCAAAAGUACGUCAAGGACAUCGAGAUCGUUCAGCACGGAAAUCGAAACAAAUUGCUAUUGCUGGACGAGAACGAAAUGCGUUUCGGGAAGCAAUAUUCGUACAUCGACGUGUAUGGUUUCAGUAUUGAUUUUUCCACGAAUGCCUUCUACUUCUGGCUUUCUCAAAGGAUUCCAACGCCAAGAGUGUUCGACAUCGAAGUGUGCACGAUUUACGAAGGCAUCGUUCUCGCUCUUCAAGGUGUCAGCGACGUCUUCCUAUACGAAUACAGGGACACUGCGAUGGGUGGCGUCUUUCAGACGAUAAAGUCGCAAGAUCUGAAGAAUUUCGUUUGCUUCGAGAGCGGAUAUAUCCAGUUCUUGGCGAUAUCCGGACCAGAAGCCGGUCUGUUUCACUUUUUCGAGGGUGAAUUCCAAUACAACACGGAGUCCGAGUCUAACUUCGAUGUCUCGGAGAUUUCUUGGAUCAAAGACGUGAGCUUGGAUACGUACAGGGACGAAUCGUUAUUAUUGAUUCAGUUUCGAAAUUUCACCGUGAUCGCUUUAGGUUGGCAGGGGACCAGCUUCAAAAGAAUAGAAUUACCUAAUAGUAUCCUGGAUCAAUUCGAUCUGUCGAUGGUCACUGUCGUUCCAAAAUUUGGGUUCGUCCUGGGCAAUCGGUUCGUACGGUUUCAUAUCGAUUUGAAGAACUUGAGACACCAGAGUCAGCAUACCAUGGAGAGAUUCUUGAGCUUGCAGAGUUUGCUAAAUGAUACGUUGAACCAUCAAGAGAGAAUUAUUAACGAAACGGAAAUGCGAGUCGAUAAAAGUUAUUUAAAGAAUCCUGUGAUCACAGGAUUUUGGAACGUCAGCGAAGCAAACGUAACAAACGCGACUAUAACCGAUAAUGUUAUCUACCGUUCUGUCACGAUUGGAUCCAUCAAUCUGACCAGAGAAGAACUGAGCUUCGACGUGAACACCUACGCGCAAACUUUAAAAGAUAUAAAAAAGAAAAUCGAUGAAAUCGACGCGAAUUUAAUCAAAGCCGUAGACUCCAACUCGACGAAUUUGCAUUUCGACUCCGACGUUGAAGUAUUUGGGAACAUAAACAUCGUUGGUAACUUGAACAUCGAAGAUUUAGUCGUGCAAUCUAUCAACGACGUCGACAAGACGUUUCUAUCGAUCGAAGGUGAAAAUCUGACCAUCCAUGCGCUGAACGGUGUCCCGGUGAAGGAUAUUCGCUUUGGAAAUUCGAUCGAAGACUAUCGCGGGGUGAAUUUCUCGAGGAUAAAUCGAGCGUACAUCGAGGAACAUCUUUCCUUUGAGACGAUCAAUUCCGUCGAAUGGAAAACAUUGAUGGGGGAGAUUGUAUGGAAAAACAAACCUGCAUUUAUACCUGGAAACACCGUCAUUGAAGGGACUCUGAUCGCGGAUGACGUAUAUUUAGAGAUCCUAAACGAUCUCCAAUACCCCGACGAUUACAUUUUACGCUCUGGCGAAGAUCCCGCGAACGUAACAGGUUUGAAAUCGUUUGAUAGUCUAACAGUCGAUAAUUUGAACGUCGUGAGUACCAUAAAUGGCAUAGAUGUUGACGAUUUUAUACUCCUGCACAAGGAUAACGUUCUGAGCGAGGAAAUCACCUUCGAGAAUUUGGAAGUCGAUGGUUCCAUGCAGUUAGACGGCGAGAUCGUCGGGUUAGACACGAACGAGAUUGAAUUGUUGAACGAAACUUCUGAAGUAUCGACGGACACCAUCUUCUCGAACUUGAACGUUUUGGGAAGAAUUAGAUUCGAGAAAUUAAUCGUAGACAAACAGCCGUUGAAUUUGGAGGACUUGUUAUUAAAAACCGACGAAAACGUUAGGAUCACAGGAACCAAAACAUUUCUGGGCAACGUUGGAAUAAAAUCCAAUGUGACAAUCGAAUCUGGCGAAGUCAAUGGACAUUUUAUCGACGAGUUUCUCACUUUGACCACCGAUCAGGACCUGCCAAAUUUAACAAAAAUAUUAUCGAACGUCACAUUCGGGAACGUAACGUUCGGCGCCGCGAAGAAGCUGGAAGCUUUCUUCAAAGAAAACGCAAACUCGUCCAGCAACUGCUUGGAUAGAAUAGUGUUCAAGUAUCCGAUUAUAGUGGACGAUUUGUCUUUUGAUAGUCUGAAUGGUAAGGCUUCGCAAGAGGAAUUUGCUCGGAAAUUGAACGAAACGUUUCAGAAUAUUCGUCUCGAGAACUUGACGACGGAAACAUUAGAGGCUGAAGAGAUCGCGCCUAGGAUCCUAAACAAUGUUUCCUCAGAGAAUUACAUAAAUCGCUUGAAAUCUCUAAGUAUUAUACAGGAAUACACCGUCGAGAAUUUGGAAACACAUCUGUUGGAUGUGAAGUUUAUCAAUGGAAUGUCUUUGGAUGAAAUCGGUCGGUUGAUGGAUCGCCUAAACGCUUUGCUGGCAGACUUGUCUAGCGGAAACGCGACUUUAGAGUCUCUUCGAGUAACAGGAAAGAUCGACGCGAAGUCCAUCAACGGACAAGCCCUGAAAGACCUGUACGAUGCGAAUCAAAUCGGAACGAUGAUCUUCAAACAAUCAGUUUCCAUCGAGAAGUUGACCAUUCUUGGAUCUACGAAUGGUUAUAAUUUUUCGGAAUAUCUAUCCGACACGAUAUUAAAAUCCGACAGAGACAUCAAAAUUUCUGGACACAAGAUAUUCGAUUCUGUUUAUUGUCAUGAUUUAAAGACAAUCUCGUUAAACGGACAUCUCGUUGACAGUAUCUUCGAUCCUUUCGAGGACCAGGUACUCACUGGUCCUGUCGUUGUAAACGGGUCCGUGACCGUUCUUAAGAAGUUCAAUGCAACCGGGAAAAUCGGCAACGUUCCAUUUCGAGAUUUAAUGGACAGAUUUAAAUCUCUCGGGAACAAUUCCUUCGAAUUUCAAGGGAACGUUCGUUUCUCCAAAAAUGUAUCCAUCGACAACCUCGUUAUGAACGGAACAAUCCAGGGAAUAGACUUUGACAGCUUCUUGGAGACCACGGUUUCAAAGGACGAAGACAAUCUCACUAUUUCCGGGACGAAAGUAUUCGACAAUCGAGUCACCUUCGACGGUCCGUUCUUCGUGCAGGAUAAAUUGAACGACAUAGAUCUGAAAAAGUUUAAGGAAAAGGCCAUCUUCGUCGACAAGCCUCUCUCCGUCGAAUCAAAAAUCGUUUUCAAAGAUGGUAUAACGAUCGAGAAGGAGCUUACGGUUAAAACGGACUUUGCCGCGAGAUCUAUCAUGGGAGUCGACGUAGAUGAUUUGAAAUUAAACGUUUUGUACUUGAACAGGCCUACUUACAUCAAAGAAACAAUUACGUUCUCCAACGUGACUUUUAACUCUGACAUCGAGGUGUCGAAGUUUAAUGAUCUAGACACUAGGUUGCUGAUACCAUUACACACCGAUCAAACUAUACCCGUGGAGGUUCUUAAAUGUCGCAACGUCACCGUGGAGAGCAUCGAAAUUAUGGGAAAAAUUAACGACGAAAGCUUGAAGGAAAUUCAAGAGAAGACUUUCAUGGUAAUUGGGAACCAGAACAUAACGGGACACAUCAAUUUCCACGGGCACGUUCACGCGCGUCGUAAUUUCAACGCGCGUCUCCUCAAUGGCAUCGAUCCAACGAGAAUGAUUCCAUUGAAUUCCAAGAGCAAAUUCACCGGCAAUCUAGUAUUCGAAAAGCCAGUUACUAUGAAUCAGGGUCUCCGAGUGUUGGGCUACUUUAACGGCAUAGAUCCAAAUCGAUGGCAAGCUGUAGCUGUUUCGACUAACAAUGGCUUCCAGCAGAUCGUCUCUGGAAAAUGGACCGUGAUUGGUAACGUCCAAUUCAAAAACGGGGCGUCUGGCAGCGAUAUUCUGAAUGGCAUCAAUGUCACUCAAUUAACCGAAACUUUGGACCAGAGACACUUGGAGAUGGAUGCUGUAAUUUCGGAAAGAAACGGGAACUUGAAUGGUGCAUGCGAAGAUCUGAGUCGGUUGAAACAUUACGCGGAGAAGCAGAUUUACCAGUUCAGUUCGUUCGACUAUCUGAGAGAGAUAAUCGAGUUCGAUAGCAGGAUCGUUAGUCUUCACUAUUUCGAGCUGAACGAUUUAGACUACCUGUUGAUAAGCUUCCACACCUGCCAGAUGCAGAUGUAUUUAAUUGCUGGAACGAAAUUCGAGUUAGUCGCGGACGUGCCUAAUUUCGGAGUAGUCGAUCGCUGGAGCACGUAUAACCACGAUGGAGCUUUAUAUUUUCUCACUUCCGGGACGAAGUCUUGCGGCAGAAGCUCCGAGAAUUUGUGGAAACUCGAAAACGACGAGUUAACGCACGUUGCUAGUCUAGGUCAGAAGUUAAAUAGCAGAAAGAUGCACCAGGACGAUUUUCUGUCGUUGAUCAAGGAUGAAGACGGGAAACAGUCUCUGACAGAGGAGCAAGUUAGUUUACACAAUUAUCAGACGCUGUUUAACAGCAGGCGGGAAAUUCACGAUUAUGACGUGGAUACUUUAAACGAUACAAGCAUUCAAACACGUUUUGGAAACGUUCAGACUCUGAACUUUAAGGCAGGGGUGUUCGAGAAGCAGAUGUCUUUGUAUUACAACGAGGAAGUUAGCAAGGAUCGUGCAUUCAUUUGCAACAACGAUUCCACGAAAAAGAUUCUGCAAACCAUAGGAGCUCACAGACCAUCGUCGUUCACGAUUUUGAAUUUCGAAGGAUCGAUCGAGACUUUGUUGGUAUUCGUUGAGAACAGAAAGAAUCUACGUAUUUACGAGUACAAAGGGAUCCAAGGCUUCGUGUAUAGGGACAGUAUAAGAAUAAAUGUUGAUAAAUUAAUCAGUUUUAGAAUUAGGAAGUAUCCUAAUUUGGCGAAGCGACACUGUCUCGCUGUGAUCCAUGGUGUUCGAUUAACGAUCUUGGAAGCGAACAUGUACGGUGAGAAAUUAGACAUGGAACCGAUAACGUGCUCAGGAGAAAUUGAAAGCAGAAUUUCACGCGAUUAA